GAGGAGGGGCCUCACUGGCAGCAAAAAGGAGGAAAGAAUUUAACUGCGCAAAAGUCCUGCGUGGUGACGGAUGUCCAAAGUCCAGAACUUUUCCAAUGCGGUUCUGAGAUGGGGACGGCUUAAAAACACUUUUUUGUUCGUUUUUUUUUUAAAGCCAGGAGCUGUGAUUUGUUUUGAGCAGAGGAUUCGAAAGAAUCUCCCAACUUUUUGGACCAGAAGUCAUGCAGGCGCGCUACUCCGUCUCCAGUCCCAACUCUCUGGGCGUCGUGCCUUACAUCAGCAGCGACCCCGGCUACUACCGGGCCGCCGCCGGUGGGGGAUACACCGGCAUGCCCGCACCCAUGAACAUGUACACCCACGCUGCUCACGACCAGUAUCCAGCCAGCAUGGCCCGGGCGUAUGGACCUUACACCCCUCAACCCCAGCCGAAGGAUAUGGUGAAACCUCCGUAUAGUUACAUUGCGCUCAUCACCAUGGCGAUCCAGAACUCACCUGACAAAAAGGUGACUCUGAACGGGAUUUAUCAGUUCAUCAUGGAGAGGUUCCCUUUCUACCGAGACAACAAGCAAGGCUGGCAGAACAGCAUCAGACACAACUUGUCUCUCAAUGAGUGUUUUGUCAAAGUGCCCCGCGAUGACAAGAAGCCCGGCAAGGGCAGCUACUGGACCCUGGACCCGGACUCGUACAACAUGUUCGAAAACGGGAGCUUCCUGAGGAGGAGACGGCGCUUCAAGAAGAAGGACGUGCUCAAGGAGAAGGAGGAGCGGAUCCAGAAGGACCUGCCGCCCAGGCAGCAGUCCCGGGACCAGGAGCAAUCUGUGCAGGUCGGCACCCAGCCUGUGAGAAUCCAGGAUAUUAAGACCGAGAAUGGUGCCGUGACGCCCCCGCAGGCCAACUCUCCCUCCUUGAGCGCUGUGCCCAAAAUCGAGAGCCCGGACAGCAGCAGCAUGUCCAGUGGGAGCCCUCACAGCAUCCCGUCGAACAGAUCCAUGGGCAUAGAGGGGUCCGAGCACCACCAGCACCACGGCCAGGCCUCCACGCAGGGCUUCAGCGUGGACAAUAUCAUGACCUCCCUCCGGGGGUCCCCUCAGGGGGGUACUGAGCUGCCUCCCAGCCUAAGUGCCCCCACAAGGACAGGUAUCGCCCCAUCAUUGUCUUUAAACUACUCCCCGAAUCAGACAUCUGUGUAUAGCUCCCCUUGUAACCAAAACUCCAUCUCCACUACCUCCAACGCCACCUACCAUUGCAACAUGCAAGCCAUGAGUUUAUACGCCGGGGAGCGAGCCAGCAGCCACCUGGUCCCCCCGAGCACCACCGUGGACGAGACCCUGCCAGACUACUCGGUCACCACCACCUCGUCCUCCCUGAGCCACGGCAGCCUCAACUCCGGCCAGGAGGGCCACCAUGCCCACCAGGGGAGGCUGACCUCAUGGUACCUCAACCAGGCCGGAGACCUGGGCCAUCUCGGCGCAGCUUACCCGGCGCAGCAGCAGAACUUCCACUCGGUGCGAGAGAUGUUCGAAUCCCAGAGAAUUGGCUUGAAUAAUUCACCGGUGAACGGGAAUAACAGCUGCCAGAUGUCGUUCCCACCGAGCCAGUCCAUCUAUCGCACUUCGGGAGCUUUUGUGUAUGACUGCAGCAAGUUCUGAUCCAAAACCAGCCUCCAUAUUUACUGUAUGUGAACACUCUGAGUCCCAUUCUAGCAGCAAAACAUGGACUAAUAUGAGACACAAACCAACAAAAAAGACUUGAUCUCGGUAUUUCUUAACAACAGUGUUACCACAAAUAACACGUAAGUCUCUCUCUCUCUCUCUCUCUCUCUCGCUCUCUCUUUUUUUGUUUUGCUUCUUGUGGCUUUAUACACUAUGUUAAACAUGCAUAUAGUAAUUUAUUUCCAAACUGUAGCCGGCUUAUUAUGGACCAAACACCAAGAAAAAAACAGUGUUUCUAAACUGAAUGACCUUAAAAUUGUUCCAUUAUAAAAGUGACUGACGGAACGUGUAUAUCGCCCUACUAUCUGAAAGAUUCUUCACAUGUUCAUAAGUAUUUUUUGUUUGUUUCUUUUUUUGCAAGAAUUUGCUUUGUUUGUUUAAUAAAUUGUCAUUUUAUGUGAGCUUAAAAGUUUAAAAAGACUGGUUUGUUGCAGCAGUUAAAGACAGGCUGGUGAUAUCUGACAAGGAAGAGGCCUUCCUGACGAUGUUAUGGGAAUUUAUGUGAAUUUAUUUAAUUUUUUUUAAAUAACAAAAUUAAGAAAUAGCUUGCACCUAUUUACUUUUUCACAAUAAUACAAUUUUACCUAGUUUAAAGGCAAAAUAUUGGUGGAAUUACGAUAAUACAAUACUUUUGCACUUUUAUAAUCAUGUCUGAAAGCAGUGAUAGGCCGCCAUAUGUUGCUAACCAGGCGACUAAUGAUACAAACGUUGUUUUGGGUGGCUUUGUGUGUAAACACUGGCGCACACCAGUGCUUACCUCUCAUAGAACACAUGUCAAAAAUGUACUGUAUAGUCCAACACAUGCAUACAUGUUUGAAUUGUGGCCAUGCUGCCUGACAGGAGACGGUCAAUUAUUAGGACACGCAAAAUAAAUCUGUAAAAAAAACCAACCUGUAGAAAAAGUCAUAGAAGCGUUAGGUUAUUUUAAAUAACGGACAAUAGGGGAUGUUGUCUCAUAUGUUAUUUUAUUUUGUAGCACGUAGUUUUUUUUGUUUUUUUUUUACACUUUCCCCAGGAGACACUUUUUUAAAACGCUAUCAAUAAAAUUGUUGCUUAUAGUUAAUACAUUCUGAACAAUAUGAUCUUCAAAAUAAUAAUAACUUAUUAUAAGGAAAUGUAUUAUUUUUCAUACGAUGACUUGAUUAUUUUAUAUGCAAAUUACACCCAACCCGCUUUCAAUUAUGUGUUUUGCUUUACUUUGAGGCGCAUUUCUUAACCGGCAUGGGUGUUCUCACUGCAUACGUAGGCCGCUUUGGAACCGCAUAAUUCUCAUCACAAUUAAGCAAAACACAAACAUCUUUCCAAUACUUUCAAUCCUUACUGACAGCAAAAGGGCAAACCAAAAAAAGAAACAAAAGGUGCCACGUGAUGCUGACGACUGGUCAAUGAUAUAGAAUGAAACCUCAUAGAAAACCACCGCAUAGAGUGUGUACCUGCGGCUCUAAUAACAAACAAGUGUCGUGUUAGUCCAAAGAUUGAUGGUGUGCUCGCAGAAUAGUUCCAGGUCAGGAAGGAAUAAAAUUCAAUCAGCGCCGCUGAGUGGAAUCGUUUUUCAUGACAGGGAAAACUCAGAGUGGGCGACGUAUAUAAGUUGAUGUAAGACAUGAACAUAUAAAACAAUGUAAAUAAAACAAUUAAAAAUACAUGUACAGUAAUGGCGAUGUUUGCGUGAGCCCUGCUGCUAAGUGCAAUUCAUUUAAGACUGACAGGAUAUAUUUAAGUCCACAGUAAUAAUUUCUAUUUUGGGGUGUUCAAGGCAUCCAGGAACGUCCUUUUUCAGUUCUUUUUAUUUUUCCCCCUGAAAUAUUUUGCUUCAUUCAGAGAAAAAGGAAGAGAUCACACUUCCUAAACCGUUCUUAGCGUCUCUAACUGCACGCCAUCAAAUGCAUUUCAUAGUGUUUUAAAUAUCUUGUGCUUUGAACACGCAAAUUGAAUUAAAUUCAUGGGAUUUCGAUUUAUUUCAGCAUUUAUUUUGUUUCAAAUACAUCAUUAUGACAUUGUUUUCCUCUAAUUGCAAAUAGAAUUUUACAAUAUUAUUCAAAUAAAAACUUCAAAUUUGUAUAAAGCCUAAUUAUUGAUACAAAUGUAUAUUGAAAAUAGAAAAAAACAAAACAAAAAGCGGCCAUGAACACAGUGUUAAACAAAAAUCUAUUGAACGUGCCAGAAACAUGGUCAAUUGGACAUCAGACUCCUGCUGUCUGUUAUGACUUAUUGUCAGCUGAUGCACGACCACAAGUGAGAGGUAAAGCUUCUUCUACAGAUGAUAAAUGAGGCAUAAUUGAAGGAAAUGAUGCAGCACUUUAAUCAAACACUUUUUUGCUGUCAGGCUGUGCUGUUCUGUGCACAAUGCGCAGUUUUUUGCAGCCGUUCCUGCUACUCCUCAUACUCUCCUUGCAAGGCAUGUGUUGCACCUGCAUGACCCACUCGGCCCUUUGGCAGUGCAGUGGAAAAUGUUUUAGCUUAGUUAUACGGUCAGUGUGCAGUUUUAAGCGAGCUCUCCCUGCAUCUGCUUCCAAUCGAGAGAGUCCGUAGACGCCAAUUGUGUGUGCGCGCGCUGCGGCCAAACGAGUGAAAGGUGAGAGGUGCAACACUUGUCCCUGUAACAGGAGUCCCAACCCUCUCAUUUUGCACGUCUAGUCUUAUGGAGAAGACGAUAAUAUUUGACAUUAUCACGUGCAAGAACGCAGACAAUCAAGGUGCAAUGCGGACGCAACAAAAAAGCACGAAGCACGUUUAAUUUCCCUAUACUGUAUAUUAAAAAAACACACACCCCUACUUUGCCUAUUUUUUCCCCAUUGCAUAAUAAUGAUGUAAAAUCCUAGUUUUUAAUAGCUGAUUUUUAAAAUAGUUUUUGAAUGCAGUUUUGUGUGUCAUCAUAUGUAACAUAUGUCUGUGUGAUACAGUUAAUGUACACAUCAAAAAUAAUAAAGAGCUAUGUUUAACUCUAGAUAUAUUCAAGUACGUGUUCAUAUGCAACAUAUAAAAAAUAAAUCAAAAUUAUAUAUCAUUUUGUCUGAAUUAAUAACAAAACAGCCCUUUCUCAUUAAAUAACCUGCGCAAUUAAUACAAGUUUAUUUACGCAAUAAUACAUGCAGAUAAACAAGCCCCUGCAGUCGCCCCCUGAUUGUUGGGAGCAAACUUGGAGUGCAUAACAUGAGAGGGCCGCUUUAAUAAAGCUGUGCGGCCAUUUGAGCCCCAGCUGCAGUUGUCUGUGUCUUUCCAGGGGUAUUUUCUUGGUGUUUAAAGCGGCCACUGGCCUCUGAAAACAGCAGAUUCCUGAAAAAAUAUAUUUAUCAUUAAGAAAUAUGUUACGCGUAGCAGAUUUAACAUAAUAAAAAAAUAAUACAAAUCAAACAUACACAACUUGCGAUUUAUACAAUUGAUGUAUUAUUUGCUGUAUACAAAUAAUGCACCAUACAAGAAACCGAAUAGAAUUGGAACUCCUGAGAUGACUUGGCAAUAUCAGUGUUUCCUCUAUUAAGAAAGGUCAGGUUAAUUUUAUUUUGUUUGACAUUUAUUUUGUAAAUACUGCCAGAUCACAACAUUUAAGGACGCCGUUCACAGAGAACGGGUCUCUAUAUCUUGUCCUUUUAUCAAACAAACUAAAUAGCUUUAUCUUAGUUCUCUGUUUUAGGACGGCAUGUCAUUUCUCUCUCUAGUUGCAAUUCCUCCUCUGGUCUGUAUCCUGCACUGAAUAGUUAUUGCAUUCAUGGCAUGACACGUCUUUAUUUUGAUGUUGUGGUUCAUGUCGGAGUCUUGUCAGUGUUUUUAUGAUGAAAGGUGGUGGUUAUCAAAUGUAACUGUCGAAGAGCGAUUUCAAUACAGUUGGCUACGCCGCAAGCACGUGUGUUUGUGUCGCUGUUUGUCAGGCCAUACACCCAAAGCUGUAAACCUAUGGGAAACACUGAAUAUACAGUAUAUCCUCCUGCAUUGCCAACCUUGCCCCUGAUGCUUACAUCUUCAGAGCCCUGGCAGGUGGUGG